AUGAUUUCGAACGCAUCCCGCCCGCUAAUGGGUCAGCGAUUAUAUGCAGUCGGUGGCCGUGAUGGGAGCUCAUGUUUAAAAAGCGUGGAAUGCUAUAAUCCUCAUACAAAUCGAUGGACCUUGUGCGCUUCAAUGGCCAAACGGCGAGGAGGUGUUGGUGUGGGAGUGAUGAAUGGCUUUCUUUACGCAUUAGGAGGUCAUGAUGCACCUGCUUCCAAUCCAUCUUCGGCUCGAUUUGAUUGUGUUGAAAGGUAUGAUCCAAAAACCGACACAUGGACUACAAUAGCAAGCCUUAGUAUUGGCAGAGACGCAAUUGGUGUGAGUCUACUAGGUGACAGACUGCUAGCAGUUGGAGGAUAUGAUGGGCAGUCGUACCUUCGUCUUGUUGAAUCUUACAACUCUCAAACCAAUGAAUGGCAAGCGGUUGCACCGCUGAACUCAGGGAGAGGAGGAGCCUGCGUUGUUGUCAUCAAACCGUAGGAAACUUCUAAAACACGUUCAACCUUACACUUAGUUUACUUUGCUUUUCUUUACGUUUGACUCAAUCACCUCAUGACUGAAAAGUAUUUUGCUCAGGAGGUACUUGUGUCUCUUUGAAAAGAUGUUCAUUUUUAAAAUGUUCCCCAUUCUCUCUCUGUAUUAGUAAAAAAUGAAGGGUCCUCGCCGCCACCCUAGCAUAUUCAAGAAUGAAGCACCCAAAAAUCAUUUUUACGUACUCAUACAUAAGUGGUGUACGGUUUACGCCAAACAUUCACUUGUUUUUAUACAGGAUGUUCGAAAAGUCCCUUUCCCUCCUCCCCCCUGUAACUUUUUACCUAGUUGAGGCGGAGAUUUGAAACGUGGGGAAUGUUUCAAGGUGAAAGGGAGUUACUUUUUGACUCCCCUAAGAUUUUCAGGGGUUCUCUUGGGGGAGGGGGGGGGUAACGGACCCCAACUUUUCAUUUUUCAGUGGACCUCACUUGUGAUACCUCGUUCGGAAGAGCAUAAAAAAGAAAAUUUUCUGUGCGAACCCGAAGUCAACAUCUGAAACCGUUUCUAAAUGGCGGCCGGUUGAAGUUCAAAAUGGCAGAUAAUCGGCACCUAGGCUUUUUGUCGUUAGAUUUGCCGAAAACUCGGUAGUGGGGGGGUAUUUUAACACACGAAAAACAAAUUUGACGUUCGAUUCUCUAAAAUUCAAAAUUUCUUAAAUGGCAGCUGGUUAAAGUAAAAUGGUCGAAACUUGUUUUCUUUGGAAAUCUAAUUUCAAAUUUGCUAAUCUCGUGCCAAAAUACCCGUAGGUUCCAAGUUAUAAGCAAAUCCACAGGCAAAUAACCGAGAUGCCAAUUUUCGGCCAUGUCGAUCUUUAACCGGCCGCCAUUUUAAAACGGUUUGAGAUAUUGACUUCGGGUUUGCACAAAAAGUUUGAUUCUUAUAUGCUCUUCCGAACGAGGUAUCACAAGAGGGGUCUUCUCAUUUGAAAAUAAAAAGUUGCCCCCCCCCCCCAGGAGGUCCCCUGAAAAUUGUGGGGGGGUCAAAAAGUAGCUCCUUUUGACCGGGAAACGUCUUCCAAGUUUCAAAUCCGUACCUCUAUUAGGUAAAAAGUAAGAAAGGGGGAGGGCACUUUUCCAACACCCUGCAUGUGAGACCAUUACUUUUUUUCAAUCUUCAAGUGUUGGUUACAGAAAUGACCAAACUUACAAUGUAAUUAGGACCUAUUUAUAGAUGUGAAUUGAGGCGAGUGCUGGAGUAAGGACCUGUUGUCGAAAUAGGAGUCUUGAGAAAAAGGCAUUCAGAGUUUUGUUUUGGGUAUAAUGCAAAGACUGUGUAAGAAGGAAAUCUGUGAUUGGUGUUUUUGGGUAGGUAGCUAGAUUAAUUACCUUAAAGGUUGUCCAGUUGUCUGUAUAAUAUUGUUUGUUUGUAAUCAAAAUGCAUAAGAUUUGUAUGAUUUAUAUAAUGAUGUUAUUAUAACAACACGUGGAGGCUCCAAACUUGAAGAAAAAUAUCAACCAAAUGACACAUCAUGUAUACGAAACGUACAGAUAUCAGUAGAAACCUAUCAAAAUGACCUGAUGAGGAUUAUCAGGCAAAAGCCUUUUUCUCACACUCUGAUGUAACGGCCCAACUAAAACAGGUUUCUUGAGCCCCAAACUCCAGACUUAGUCAUAAUAUUGCUAGAGAGAAUGGUCCAGGACACCAGAAAUCUGAAAUGCUGAUUUGGAAAAAACCGGCCCCUGCAGCUGAUAGGCCCUUCUCUUAGCUGGAUUAGGCAGGGUUCCAAGAUGUUACAGAAAUUCUUCAAAAUUGCUGGUUUUUCAAUUCUUUGUGAAUGGAAGAGGCUCCUGUCAUAUAAGAAAAGUGGUCCCAGUCAAAUCGCCUGGUUAUUAAAUGGGGUCUUGGUGCCUUUCGUUAGGUUGUCUUGAUGCUGAAAAUUUCGAGACUUCAUGCUGAUUUUUGAAAAUUUCAUCUGGAAACGUAUGACGAUGGCAGGUAUUUUUCAUAGGAUGGACUUGAAUAUCUCAUGGAAACCCUUGCAUGUUAUUCCUUCGCAGACGACGUAGAACAUGCUGUCCUUACGUGCAAGAGAGCAGAGUCUGAGCAAGAUGCGCUGGAGAGAGCAUGGAGGUCCAAGAACUGCACGCCGAAUCAUUGCCUAAGCAGGCUCUGUCAUUAUGAGAGACAUGGGCAGCCCUGGCUACCUUCGAGAGUGGAGUGAUGCGGAAUUGGGAGCCUCCUCUACAUUAUAAAACUCCAAAAGAAAUGUCAGAAACAACAGCACUCGCAACCUCUAUUGUAUUCAAGUUCUCACAAUCUCUUCAAAGAGUCUUUUACAAAAAUUGUUCUAGUUCAAUUGAGUUUUUUCUGAUGAAUUUAAUGAAAACAGGCCCUCAGGCCUGCCAAACUCAUGGGUUGAUUCCACCUUGUUCAAGAGGAAUGAGGAUGCUUAAAAAAAAAAAAAUAGAGAGACUAGUUGUCGGACCUGCAAGCAACAGGUUGUUGAGCUUAUAUUUCAUGGCCAACUGCUGGCCUUGCUGAAGCGCUUCGGGGACGCUUAUGAUGUAGGAUUUUGGAGCGGAGCAGAGCCGAAGAAGGCGUGUUCAAAGUUCCAUUGGUAAUGGGUUAAAGAACAGUUCAGGCAACUACCUACAAUAAGUAGCCCACAAAAAUCUCGGGUAGCUUUUUGUACAGUGUGAACAGUGUAAGUUUUGACACUGGAUCCAAAUUUCAACUUUGCCCCCUAAGACUAGUGCUUGGAAGUUGCCAAAUUUGGUGAAAAUGGCCUUAAAUUGGCUUUUUUGUAAAUAAUGGUUAGUAACUUGCCAAAAGUUGAUCCGACUACAAUUUUUUUUUUUUUUUUUUUUUUUUUUUUUUUUAAAUGAGAGCGCAUAAUAUUCCUUAUGAAAUUGGUUUUAGUAUGAAUUUUAUUGCUCGGGCUGAAAUUGAAAGUGCCGAAACAUGGCAGCAAACUUUGAACCAUGAGCCAAGAAUGGGUUUUUUUUUCGCAGUUUUUUACCAUUUUCCCAUCCCUCCCAUCUAUCGAAAAAUGUCUCGACAAAUGAAGUAAAGCUAGUAAAAUCUACGAUGACCUACAUGGACAGUCAAUAAAUAAAGAACCAAACGCAUUUCAAUGUUGCCGAGAUUACAUAAAAUAGUUUUUGCGAUUUUUAGGGCUAUUGCCUAGUUGUCCAAUCACAUUUUUGUUGUUUAUUCGGUAGCAAAGAAUCAAUCAGAAUAAAUUCAAGUAAAAAUGAGAUAAUUCUCAGUCACAAUUUGCAUCAUUAGAAUUAGGUGUAAACGCGUUGGAGGGUCGUCACUCUCUGAGGUUGUUUGUCAAGCAUUUCAGAUAAAUUUGUAUUCAGCAAUAAAAAUCGCACAGGUGACACUGAAUACGCAGCCACUCGGUAUUGGAGCAGGCUUUGGUCUCUUUUAGGACUAUUUGCCUUGACUGGAAGUGGUAUGUGUUUGCUGGGUGACUAUCCCUCUGGACGCAGGUUUGUGCUUGAGUGCUCGGCGAUUCAAAUAAGAGCAAGACCACUGCCUUAAGGUGAUUCGAUGGAGGCCAUUUUUUGUGUUAGUUUCCAAAAUUGUUAAUUUUGGAAAAUCCUUUCAUACCCUCUUGAGACGAAAUGAAUACCCAUAAUUAAAAAAAAAAAUAUUCUGGUUAACACGAUGAAUAUGAAAAAAUGUAUAAUGAACUAAUUACUUAUUCCUUAAGUUUUUAUGAGAUGAAGAUGGAUGAAACCGCAACAAACUUGAUUCAUUAUUUGAUUCAUUACACUUUUACGAUGAAAUAUUGUCGAUAAUCAGCAUUCUCAUGGAAUUUUAGGAAUGAUUUCUACAAUUUUCUCGCUUAGAGGCGAACUCUACUAUUUAAUCAAAAUUGAUCGCAAAAAGAUCAGCGGGCUUAGAAUCUUUCCCUGCAACCAAGUGCAUAGUGCACGUGGAAAAACUUUUCCGAUGCAACAGCGGGGUUUCUCCCUCUUUCGUCCCCGAAGGCAUUUCCAGAUGCCUGUUUUCAAACCCUGGAAAAAUAUACCUACCUGCAUGUUGCCUCUAUUUUUGGAGGUAAAUAGAGGUUUUCUUAGCAGACGCAAGGGCGGAUAUCUGCUGCUGUCUCGAAGUAGGAGGAACGCCACUGUUGCAUCGGAAAAAUUUUUCUACGCACUGCAUGUACUUGGUUUGCCGUCCUUACUACGAAAAAGCAGCAAAUAAGCCCCUGCAUCUGCUGAGAAAAUUUCUAUUUACACCAAAAAAAGGGAACUUCAUAAUUUGCCCCCCACAAAAGGUGCAUUAAAGCAGCACGCCCUUUGCGCUGCUGACCAGGUAAGGCAAGUUUGGGAACGUGUUUUGUCUCCAGAAAAAGAAAUUCCUGGCCGUGAGAAGUACGAGUUGAUCGAAAAGAGAGAAAGUUGGUCACUCAUCUGGUCAAAUCUUCUUUCCAUUUGGAACGGCUGUCGGGAGAUUGUUAAAUGCAAUUGCAAGUCUGCCUGCACAAAGAGAUUCUCCUGUGUUAAAGCUCAAGUUCAAUGCACUUUCAUCUGCACACAAUGUUCUGGAGGUACUUGUAUUAGUCAUUGCAGUAAUAGUUUAACAAAAGUUAUUAUAAAUUGACUGAAUUUUAAAAAAUUCCUACUAAAGCGGAGGACAUUGUCGAUGCCCCCUUAGUGUGCCUUAAAUGUCAUGCAGGGCGGUUAUCGGGCACAUUGUGAGAGAAGGGGGGGGGGUUAUCGUGGCUGAUAUGAUGCUUGGAUAUGGAGAGUUUCCUAAAAAUUGAAAGUCCGAAGAAACUCUACUACGUGAACUUUUUAGAGUUCCCAGAUUCGUUGUGGGGAAGGAUUCUAAACACAUUGACCUUUUAGCGAUCAAUUUUAAUGGGUCAGUCGCGCUAGUCAUAGAAUCGUGUUUUGACGUUUGAUUCUUGUGGAUUAGCUAUAAACAAAAAGAUUUGUACGAGCAAAAGCUUUCUUCCUUCAAUAUUAACCAAGAUAUCCAACUUUGAAAAAUUUGGUUGAUGACGUCAUCCAAAGCGGUACCGCUUUGGAUACAGCUUGGGUGUCACUACUAUAGUGACACUCUUGGUUUCUUCUACCUUGCUCUCAUAUUUCAGGCUGACACUCAAUUUCACUGGUUACUCAACGUGAAACAAUUGAAACAUGCGUGAAACUCGGAUGAAAGCAAGUUGGAGGAAACCAAGGGUUUCACUACCGCGGUGGAUAACGGGAUAAAUCGAAUUUUUCAAAGCACGAUAUCUCGGAUAACGUUGAACUUUGAGAGUUGCUGUUGGAACAGAUCCUACUAUUCUUAGCUGAUUUACAAGAUUCAAGCAUCAGAACACAUAUCUGUGACCAGCUCGACUGAUCUAGGCAAGAAAUUUGUAUAAACCAUAGCUAAUUCACGAGAAUGUCGAUAAUCGCCGUUAUAUCCCCAUUUUUAAAUCGAGAUAAAUUACAUAAUGAAAAAAGUUUGUUGCGGUUUCUCAUUCACAUCAUAUCUACCAGCAUAAUUAAAGAAAACCGAUAUCUGCCCUUGCGUCUGCUAAGAAAACCUCUGUUUACCGCCAAAAAUAGAGGUGACAUGCAGGUAGGUAUAUCUUUCCAGGGUUUGAAAACAGGCAUCUGGAAAUGCCUUCGGGGACGAAAGAGGGAGAAACCCCGCUGUUGCAUUGGAAAAGUUUUUCCACGUGCACUAUGCACUUGGUUGCAGGGAAAGAUUCUAAGCCCGCUGAUCUUUUUGCGAUCAAUUUUGAUUAAAUAGUAGAGUUCGCCUCUAAGCGAGAAAAUUGUAGAAAUCAUUCCUAAAAUUCCAUGAGAAUGCUGAUUAUCGACAAUAUAUCGUCGCAAAAGUGUAUGAAUCAAAUAAUGAAUCAAGUUUGUUGCGGUUUCAUCCAUCUUCAUCUCAUAAAAACUUAAGGAAUAAGUAAUUAGUUCAUUAUACAUUUUUUCAUAUUCAUCGUGUUAACCAGAGUAUUUUUUUUUUUUAAUUAUAGGUAUUCAUUUCGUCUCAAGAGGGUAUGAAAGGAUUUUCCAAUUAAUAAUUUUCAUGAAAAUUGUGCGAUGAAUGAUCAAAAAACAGCGAGUAUUCCAGUUGUGUAGCGCAUGAACGCGGGCCGACGCGAGGUUGCACGGCGCAUAAGUUGCGAACCUCUACCCGAGCGCGCGACCAAAAUCGUCUUCACGCGUUUUCUAUUCGUCACAAAAAAAGGUUUUGGUAUCGUUUUGAAGGUCAGAAAAUCCUCCACCCACCUCAAGAAAAUAAAGGGCUCUAAUUGCGCCCAGAAACAAAAAAUCAACGGCUGUUAAGGAAAUUAAAAAAUUCACGUAUUUUUUCAUAAUAUGGCAAAUUAUUUAAAGGUAAAUGUAAAAAUGCACAUUAUUUGAAAAGGUUUUUAUAGUAGCUUUCAAACGAAAGCAAAAGUUUGAAAAUCGAACGAAUGAUUGGAGAGAUAUCGCGCGUUUUACACAUGUGAAGCGCGCUCGUGGCCAUGAACGCGGGGUGGAAAUCGCGCGCCGCGGCCAAUCGCGCGACACUUAAAUGGCUCUCGCGGGAUAACCACUCAUAGCUUAAAAAUGGUUUUGGUAUCAAAUUAAACGCGAGAUUAAGACCCAUCUCUUUUACAGAGGAGAAAAUAUCAAUUUUCCUGCUCAGUUAAAAGUUAUUUUGCUUUGAAAUUUUACGAAUUUUCAAUGAAAAAUUUUUUUGUAAAAUUUUGGACAAAUUGUUGGCCAAGUUGAACUUGUUAUAAUUUAUUCAUGUUUCAGGCCCUUUUAGCUCUCACUUAAAAAAAAGAAAAUCAAAAUUGGACAGUUAGCAACAGAGAUAUUGCACUUCAAAAAAGCGCUUGGCCUCCAUCUUUAACGGCCGCCAUCUUGGAUCCUGCACGGAUUUGAAAGUGGUUCUACGGACAAAAACUUUUAUUUUUUCAUCUAGUAUGACCUCCCAAAGUGGCAAUUUCCUAUAAAAAAAUCGUCGAUUUUGAUCGUACCCACCGUACUAAUGUGGUAUAUAUUUUCCUCGGCUCAAAUGACCUCAGGUCCAUUGAAUAUGACUCUCAAUUCAAUAAGUAUGAGUACAAAAAAGUCAUUAGCACUUGUAGAAAGGUUUUUGUGAACGUUCGGAUCAUCAAGAUUCCCCCAUCCCCUUAUGCUUAUAGUGCCUCGUAGCAUAAAUACGUUCAUUUACAUGUAAUGCUAAAGACCGCCUCAUGUUUUGUUGCAAAUGCCCGGAUUUACUAUACAACGGGCUGCCAUCACGCGAGAAGCAAGGAUCCGUUAGCGGGCGCAGUAAGAUCAAGGUUUACAUGCAUCUUGUGGUGAGGAGGAGGGGGGGUAACUCCUGCUGCAUAUUUCAUAAUAUCAGAAGCAGUAAUUAAUGAAUUAAAGUGGGAUAUUUUCUACUUCCAAUGUAAAAGGGAAUUUUCAAGCGUUUUCAGAAACUGUGAGAAAGACAAAGCAAAGUCUGAUGCCCCCCCCCCCUCACCCGAACAGUCAAAAUGUUGAUUAUGUAAUCGAAAAUGCCCUUCAGAAUUGCCUAUUGACGACUGUAGAAAAACAACGUUUAAAAAAAAAUAUCCCCCUGAAAACCCGAAGUUUUUGUAAAUGUAUGCAAUUUUUGGCUCUGAGGGCUCAUUUUAGGCCCCCAAAAUUCACCGUAUGGUUAAAGUUGGUAGUUUAAAUAUUCGGAGGCUUAAAAUAUCCAUAUUCAAGAAACUUAGGCAUUAUAUCCCGGAAGAAAAAAGAAUUUAAAUAAUAUGACGGGACGUGCUAUGGGUAAUUUGGCUAUUUUAGCCCAAAAGUACCUUUAAAUCGACCUUAUUUUCCAGGAGCUCGACAGAAACGUUUUCUUUUUGGCUUAAGUGACUCAGUAGACACUCUACUUCAAGAACCUGAAGAGUUUUUGCUUGUGACUCAUCAAAAAAUUUAAACUCGUUCAGGCGCACCGUGAUCCAUUUUUGUACCAUGAAUAUGACAUCAUUGGUGCCCUUGCUUUUUCUGAAUCCCUGCUGUUCCUUAGCCAUCUGCACGAUUUCCUCCACAAUGCCUUCGAGAACGGAUGUAAGUAACUUUGGGCAUGUAUUUAGGAGCAUAAUACCGCAAUAGUUUUCAGGUGCAAAUUCGUCACCUUUCUUGAAGAUGAAAUUUAUCAGCGAGUUCAUGUUUUUUCCCUUCUUUUUUCUUUUCUGGGUGAGAAAGGACUUUCUAUUCAAUUCGUGUUAUAAUUCCCAAUUGUAUUGCUGUGAUAGUAUUUAAUUUUAAAAAAGUUAUUUUACUGUACUUAAUAUUAAGGUUUUAAAGUGCCCCCUCCACCCCAUGUCCUCAACCCUUCACUUUUUGUAUUUCUUUCCCUAUUAGCCACAAGAUAAUUCGAGUAAAAAAACCAUCAACAACCGUCUCGUAGGACAAAUCAGUUUGAAUCCACUCAUCUCUCUGCUUUUCCAAGAGUCAUGUAUAUUUUCAAGUUUCAGGACUUAAACUGACUUAAAUUAUAAACUGACCGAAUGUAUGAAAGUAUUUAAAAUAAUGUUCUGUUUUCUUUUUUUCCAUAUUUUAUAUUAUUAUACCUUUUUUUCUUCUCA